GUUUGCAAUUGUUGACUUAUUUUUGUUUCCUCUAAAAACACAAUAAUUGCGACUAAAUGGCAAAAAAGUGAUUUUUAUACAUUAUUAACAUGGCAGACAAUCUUGCUGCUCAAUUAUGUCUUCUUUUAGAACAAAGCAACAUUUCAGCGAUACAAUGGAAAUUGUUAGGUCAAGAGAAAGAUGGUUCUAUUCUUUUAGGAUGGGUGGAAGAAAUUCUGUCAAAUAACGAACUCAAGUCUUAUUCUGUGAUAGGUCGAUAUGACCGAUUAAACAAUAAACUAGAGAUUUUACAUAAAUUUCCCGAGAUAAUAAAUCUUAUACAAGCGACAAUUAAUCAAAGCCAUUCGAUAUUAGGAUAUAUAACAAAAAAAAAUUCUGAAAAAACUAAAGAUUCUUCUCAAGAAACAUUAAAAGUAAUUGACAAUGAAGUAAAAAAAAUUGAUGAAAUAAGUGAAAAAUGUUUACAAGAAACUGUAAAAGUUGAUGAUAAAGAAAUAAAGGAAAAUGAAGAAACUUUUAAACUUGAUAAUCAAGAAACAAAGGAAAUUUUAGAAAAAAUUUCCCAAACAACUUCUAAUGUUGAUUGUGAUAAUAAAGUAAAAAAUAAUGAAGAAACAAUUUCCAAUUCAGAAGUUUAUCAAGCAUUUCUUCUUGAAUUCACAAGAGAGGAGAGAAAAAUUCAUUGUUUAGAAACGGAAAAAUCAAAACAAAUACGAAUUCAAUUUUUAUAUCGAGAAAAAGAUCAACGAACGAUGGAAAAAUUUUUAUUACUUGUUCAUCAAGAAUAUAUUCGUAUGUACAAUAUUGCGAUUGAUGUAUCGGAAAGUGAAGAACAAUUAAUAAAAGAAUUAAAAUCAGAAAUAUUAGUAAAAAAUUUUCUAUGGGCACAAUGGGACUCAACUAAUCAAGUUUUGUAUCAUAUUCACGAGAGAAAGCCAGCUGUGAGUUUAUUUACAGAUAUGAGCCCUGGAGUUCUUCCAAAACCUUCCAAUUCUUCUCCAACACUCAGCGGAUUUCAAUUUCACGAUGAUCUUCCUCACGAGACGGUGUUGAACAUACCGUUGAAUCUACCACAGCUUCCUGAUGCGAAUAACUGUGGUACAUACGAAGACGACGUGAUUCCAUUGCGAAUUCACGAUUGUUCUCUCGAUCUUAUUGUAAUAUCAGAUUCAAAGGGAAUGGUUUGCGUUUGUCAUCAUUAUCUUUAUCGUCCAAUAAAACCUCCGCAACAUGUUCUCAAUUCUGCUCUAAGCGAUUCGAAUACAGUACACUUUGCCUAUUCAAUAACACUUCUUCAUCAUAGUUGUGUAAUUCAUUGUGUAAUUCCAGGAAUUCCUUGGAGUCGAGCAAAACUCAUGAGACCAACAUUUGCCCUCUAUGGAAAUCAUCAUAUGAUUGUAUUCGUUCAAAAUUCUUUUACACAUCUUCUUGAAAUUGGUCUUCAUCAUCAACCAUGUUGUCAUAUUUUGUGUGGUCCAUUACCAUCAGUACCCACAGAAUCAUCAUAUCUCGUUCCAUUACUCAAUAUUCACGAUGGAAACAAGGAAAAUAAUUCAUUAACAAAAUGUUCAUCCAAUAUUCUCACAAUUGAUUUACCAACAUUAAAUCUCGUGACACUAACAAUUCCAAUAAAAUUCUUAAUUGAAACAUAUUCCAAUGAAAAAUCAAUUGAUGUACGUUUAGCAAUUUUACAUUAUUUUUUUUGUCAUCGAAAUGAUUUGGAUAUUGUUGGUGAAUUAAUUUCAAUAGCGGCGGAAAAACCCAGAUCACUUGAUUUAGUAAAAAUAUUUCAAGAAUUUUUAAUAAGUGGAUCAAAUGCAUUGGUGCAAAAAAAUUUACUAUUGGAUACAAUGCCAUUAUUGGCAUUAUUGCCAAUUACAACAUUAGAUGAAUGCUCGGAAUUAGAUGCAAAAAUUAAUGAUCUCAAUGUUAGUUUAACGCAUGAAAAACUUUGGAAUACUUCUGUAAUGUUAUUGUCACCUCAGCAAAGAUUAGUGCCAUAUAGAAGUGAUUUGUGGACAAAAUUAUGGGAUCAAUUGAGUAAACGAAAUGGCGAUUUACCACGAUUUAAACCAAGUAAAGUUGCUGAAAAAUUGCUCAUGUCUUUGGCUUGUUAUCAACCGGAAGCUUUAUCCAGAUCCAGUACGCCAAUGUCGCCAAGUGGAGGUCUUCCAGUAACGUCAGCAACACUUGGAGAAUUAAUGGGUAGUCGUUCUCACAAAUAUUUUGAAUCGAAUUUGCCAUUUAUUGAAAUGGAAAGUUGUACAGCAUCAAAACAGGAGCAUAUUGUUGCUGUGAAUUUACGUGAAUUAUCAAUGUUUUUAUUAAAACACGGUACACAAUCGUCGACAAAAAAUUUUCAAGGAAGUUGUACACCUUUACACGUUCAUGCAAUGUCAUCAAAACAUGUUAGCGCCCAAUUGGAAACUUCACGACUUUUAUGUCAAAUGUUGUGCAAAACCGCAAAUGUUGAUUCAAGAUUAGAACAAGAACGUGGCUUUUCUUUGGUAGAUAAAUUAGAUGAAGCACGACGCUGGUGGCUUUUUACGUUACUUGAACGUUAUAAAUAUGCAACUGAAAGUAUUGCGUUUCCUGUACCUCAGGGAUUCACGUCAUUUUUCACUUAUCUAGGAUAUAGAACAUUGAAAUAUUCAAUGUUUCUGCAAUACGUAAAACAUUCCGCUUUUGAGUUACAAGUGGAUGUUGCAAAAAUAAUUAUGGCUGAUGUAAGUGACUCGAAGGAGAACAUUCCACGAAAAUUACAAUUAUUAUCAUUGCUACCAAGAUCUCGAGCGAAACGUUUGUUAAAUCAGUGGUUACAUCCGAUAAGUCUCAUGUUAAGGGCAAGAGAACACGCGACAAACAUUUUAUCUGGAGAAAUUUGUCCAAAUCGAAGUAGACAACAACAUCGUCAUCCACACAGUGGAAUUUCUGCUUUCCCUUCUGCUAAUCGAUUAUCUCCUUUAGACACUUUUCUGGAUUUACUUACUGCGAAAGCAAGUCUCACGGAAUUAGAUUUUGGUUUAUUGAACGAAGCAACUGUGACUUCAAUUGAAGAUUUUAUCUGAUCUCGAUGAGUUGGAAUAAUUUUUUUUUUUAUUCAAAGUUACCAAAAAAAGAAAACAAAAUUUCUUGAUCUCAAUAUAAGAGAAUAUUUUUCACAUUCCUUUGCCCAGCUGUGAAUAGAAAGUAAUUUUUCGUUUUUAAAGUAGCGUCUACAGUAGAAAAGAAAAAUAUCUACACCUCGAAUUUAUUGUAGACGCUGCUUGAAAUGGAUUUAGAAAAAAAAAGAA